CGUAUUUAUCUUGCAAGAUAGUUUUGCCAUUUCGAUCGAAGAAGGAAAAAAAGAAAAGAUCAGCCAUAUGGAGUCCCGGAAAUCCCGAGCGCGUCGCCCGGCGUACCGCUCCACGCCUUCCCUCUCUCUUUCUCCCUCGGCCUCUCUUUUCUAGCAGCGACGACACGUCAGAUCGAGCGGCGCCGCCCUUGGCCAGGUCUUCGUCGGGGCGCUUCGCCGGCGACGAGCAUCCGCCAGCCAUGUCUUCCACCGCCCGCGGCGGCGCUGCUCGCGGCCGCAGCCGCAGCUUCGGGAGCCGCAGCAGCAACGGGGCCGACGGCAAUGGCGCCGGGAUGUUCGUGAGGGCGGGGGCCGACAACGAGAUGUACGUGCGGGCGGACAAGAUCGACUUCAAGAACCUGGACGUGCAGCUGGAGAAGACGCGGUCGCACGUGUGGCUGGAGCACCAGCGGUCGCAGCGGUCGGCGUCGCCGCGGCCGGAGACACCGCUGCUCGAGUGGGAGAUCGACCUCGCCAAGCUCGACAUCCAGAACCAGAUCGCGCAUGGCACCUUCGGCGUCGUCUACCGCGGCACCUACGACGGCCACGACGUCGCAGUGAAGGUUCUGGACUGGGGGCGUGAUGGACAGGACACAGCGGCGAAACACCGCGAGGCCUUCGAGAAGGAGGUCGCCGUCUGGCAGAAGCUUGACCACCCCAACGUCACUAAGUUCGUGGGCGCGUCGAUGGGGACGUCGCAUCUGAAGAUCCCCAAGAAGGGGUCGAGCUCCUUCAGGGCGAACGAGUGCUGCGUUGUCGUGGUCGAGUUCCAGCACGGCGGCACGCUCAAGACCCUGAUGUACAACCACCGGGACAAGAAGCUUUCCUACAAGAAGGUCGUCCGGCUCGCGCUCGAUCUCGCCAGAGGGCUGAGCUACCUGCACUCGAAGAAGAUCAUGCACCGCGACGUGAAGGCGGAGAACAUGCUGCUAGACCGGAAGCGGACACUGAAGAUCGCCGACUUCGGCGUGGCGCGCGUGGAGGCGCAGAGCUGCGAGGUGACGGGGCAGACAGGCACGCUGGGCUACAUGGCGCCGGAGGUGCUGCAGGGGAAGCCGUACGACCACAAGUGCGACGUGUACAGUUUCGGCAUCGUGCUGUGGGAGACCUACUGCUGCGCCAUGGCCUACCCCAACUACAGCCUCGCCGACAUCUCCUACCACGUCGUCAAGCUGGGCAUCCGGCCGGACAUUCCGAGGUGCUGUCCACGGGCGAUGGCGGACAUCAUGACGCGGUGUUGGGACGGGAACCCAGACAACCGGCCGGAGAUGGCAGAGGUGGUGGCGCUGCUAGAGAAGAUCGACACCAGCAGCGGCAAGGGCGGCAUGACCCCCAUCGACGAAGUCGCGCAGGGGUGCUCCUGCUUCGGCUUCAACCGCAGCGUCGCCUAGUAGCAGGCUAAGCUAGCUCUCGCCAGUUAAUUAAGACCUCAGUUAUUAAGUUAAUAAUAAGCUAGUGUAGUACACACCUAACUACGGCCGGCGGCGGCCAUGAUGCCUCAAAACUAGUCGGCUGGCGGGCAUCGAUCGAUCGUCUUCUUUGCAGCGCUGUCUGCUGUCGCACCCCAUCAUUGUGCGAAUGUGUUUGAAGCGCCGCGCCAUGGACUUGCGUAACCUGUAAUUUGUCUUUGUGUGUACUGUGGUCCGACAUGGAAUCUGUGUUGGCAUCACACAAUCUUCACGACUGCAACGAGAGGGUGGCCUUGGCAAUUUUAUUCGAUCGGUUUGGA